AUGAUGAUGACAAGCACUCCAUCAGCAGCAACCAAAGCCACCUACAACAAGGAACAAUUACUACACUUUUACAGAGCAAUCAGUUCCCAAAUACAAGAGCCUCCAGAAAAUUUAAAACAAUUUCCCGUAAUUCUUUCAACCAAAUUGUUACAGCCCGUGAAUGAGACUAAUCUUCACCUUUUCGAUACAGACUAUAAUAUUAAUCCUGAUACUACCUUCCCACCAACAUCCACCAGAGGUCGUGGACGAGGCGGUCGAGGAGGAAGUAGACGUGGAGGAGGUAUUAUUGGUGGAACUAGUGGAGGAGCUAGUAGCAGAACCGGAUUUAGUUCUUCCCUUUCUCUCAACACGAACAACUUGUUGGGAAGCACAAGCAAUUCAACAACAUCACCAAUGAUAGGAAAUAACGGAACAUCAAGCCUCUUGUUGGGAAGAGGAAUUGGUGAGAGACGCGGUGUUUCAAGAUCAUCACCAAACACCAAUAGUCCAAUCUCAAGACUUCCUGCGUGGGCUCUUGAUGAUGAAGACUUUUCCGCAACAACAGAUUCUUCAGGCUUGCAUUUAUCUUCAUCAACAUUUGGAGCAGCUGGCGGUACAACAUCUUUGGGAGAUGAUGAGGACACUUUUGGAACAACAGCAUCACCUGCUUCUGGAGCAUUCUCCCUUGAGAGCAUGGCUGCAGCUACAAUGAAAAUGAACGAGACUUGGAAACAUCAAUUGAGCAAAAACAAAGUUACCUCUGACAUUUCACAUCUCGAUGAAGAAUUGGAGCCGUCCUCCCAACAAGGAGACGAUAUUGAUUGGGAUUCUCAAUGGUACUACAUGUCAGAAGAUAAUGAAAUGAAGGGACCUUAUUCCUUGCAAAAAUUGAAGGAAUGGAUGGAAUUAUCCUAUCUUCAGUCAGACACAAUUGUUAAAGAGGAUUUGGACUCGUCAUUAACUCGAACUCUGGGAGAUGUAUUGAACAAUGUCAUGCCCAAGAGUGAUGAAACGAGCGAUCAAAAGCCAGUCACAACUAAUACUUCGGGCAUUAUGGCCUCUGAAAGCCCACUCAUGAGCAAUUUAUUAAUGGGAUCAUCUUCCUAUGGACUUUCUUCUGUAGUUUCUCCAACAUCUCCUCUACUUUCAGGUACAAGUGCUAACACAACCUCUGGCGGUAUUGGAAUGGUUUCAUCAUCCUUCAGAACUGAGAGCUCUACCACUCGACUCGGCCUUAAUGAGCCAUCACCAUUUUUGUCCAGUGGAACAUCUUCACUUCCCAUGAAUACACCUCUCCAGGGCUCGUUGUUGACUUCACUGAGUGGAGAAAAGACGCUCACCCCAACAACCACACAACCACCAAGCCUACCAAUCACUCCAACUCCAACUCCUACUAAUUUAUCUCAACCAUUUUCACAUCCUUGGGGAUUUUCACAACACCAGCCACCAUCCAUGGACCCAUCAACCUUAAGUCCAAUGAUGCAUCAUCCUCACCACGGUUAUCCAUUUAUGUCACCAGGUAUGGUCAACCUUCCUCCGUUCAAUAUGCCUCCAUUCAUGCAUCAACAAAAUGCUUGGGGCAUGCCUUCCAAUAUGUUAGGAUUGGGUGGAAAUAUUCCCCAGCCAGGUCAAAUGCCUGUAAGCGUCACUGAUAUUGAAAAUGAGCUAUUAUUUGUUCCUCAACAUCCAUCUGUGGACUCCUUCCAACAAGCUACUACUGUGCAUUCUGAGGCUAUGGGCACAGAUACAGUUCAUCAUCACGAUGAACAGGUUGAGCAACAAGUGUUGGGCACUCAAACUACUGUUCAAUCACCUCAGCUUGGCUCUUCUACUCAAGAAGACAAGUCUUCCCAUCAACAAGAGGAAGAAGAAGACGAAUCUCUAGCUGCAGCUGAAGAUCAUGCCCACAGUCCUCAAGAAGAAGUAUCUAAGGAACAGCAACACGAAGAGACCCCUCAAGAAAAGACACCCAAAUCAAAGAGCAGUAAGAAAUCAGCAGCGGCAUCCUCUGGUAAAAAGGAGUCAAAGGCUACUACUUCUACUGCCACCACCACAGAAAAGCAAACCAAGAAACAACCAGAACUUCCUUCAUUUAAACCAGAACCUGUGUUCAAAUCCGUUCCACCUUCUGAGGUUGUCAGCUUUGCUGAGCCUCAAAAGAAAGAGGAAAAGGGUUGGGGUGUGACUGCUACGGCAACUACUGGACCUGUACCAACACUCAAGCAAAUCAUGGAACAACAAAAGAAAGAAUCUAACAAGUUGAACAAGGAAACUCAACAAAAGAAGAAAGAAGCUGAACAAACUAAGGCCGUCAGCGCAAAUCCAUGGGGCGUUGUUAAUGUUGGUUCUGUGACCACACCUUCCAUUAAGGAAAUUCAAGAGGAAGAGGCCAAGAAGAAGAAGCAAAAUGCUCAAAAACAAGCUCAAAAUCAAGCUUCAGUACUCAAAAAAGCAACUGGCGCUUCUGCAUGGGGAACAACUACACAUCAGUUCAAGGCCAUUCCAAAUGAUGCUACCACUUCAUCAACCACCUCAUCCACACCUACAUUCUUUGGUUCUUCUACUCCAACUAGAGUUGAAACUAAAACCUUCCAAUUCCAAGCUAUUAAGCCACAACCAGUCACUUCUACCAUCACCACUACGACCAAUUCCUCCAACUCUCCAACUGAGGAAGAAGAAGAAGAGUCUCCAUUCUGGGAAUAUACCGCUCCUGCUGCUGCCACUCCAGCAGUUGUUAUUACCAACGCCUCUGAUAAGAAAAAGAAAGACAAGAAGAAAAAGACUCCUUCUAACGAGAAGCCUACUUCAUUUGCUAGCUCUGUUGGCACCACAACCUCCACCGCCUCUUCUCAACAAACAUCAAGCAUGGCUUCCACCGGUUCCUCUGAAGAGUUGAGCGUUUCACAAGAAUUCAAAGACUGGUUCAAGAAGGGACUUAAAAAGUUGAACAAGUCUGUAGAUCCUCCAUCUUUCAUGAACCUUUUAUUGUCACUCAACAGCGAUAAGGAGAUUGUGGACUACAUGUCCGAGUAUAUUGGAAACUCUUCUGCUGUUCAAAAAUUCGCUCAAGAAUUCCUCGCUAACAAGUCUUUUGAAACUCUUCCAAGCAACAAUCAAGGUGGCAAGAAGAAGAAAUAA